AUGAGUCGCUGCAUCUCCCCUGUCACCCGGGGCCACCCAGCCCAUGCCUUGCUGGCAGACUUGGAGUCCACCACCUCCCACAUCUCCAAACGGCCCGUGUUCUUGUCUGAGGAGACCCCCUAUGCAUAUCCAACUGGAAAUCACACCUACCAGGAGAUUCCCGUGCCACCCCCGGUCCCCCCACCCCCGUCCAGUGAGGCCCUCAAUGGCACCGUCCUGGACCCUUUAGACCAGUGGCAGCCCAGUGGUCCCCGGUUUAUCCACCAGCAGCCUCCUUCCCCAUCUUCCGUGUCUGUGUCUGGCUCCAGUGCCCCCAUCCCCCAGAGCAGUCUCAGCUCUCCGUGCUCCCGAGUGGGUGAGGAGGAGCACGUCUACAGUUUCCCCAACAAGCAGAAGUCGGCUGAGCCUUCUCCCACCGUGAUGAGCUCCUCCCUGGGCAGCAACCUCUCAGAACUUGACCGCCUGCUGCUGGAGCUGAACGCCGUGCAGCAUAACCCCGCCGGCUUCCCUGCAGAUGAGGCCAACUGCAGCCCUCCAUUGCCUGCGGCCCUGAGCCCACACUACGGUGUCCCGGAGAACAACACCCCCCUGGGAGGCAAAACUGGCCCCCUGACAAAAGAGAAGCCCAAGCGGAAUGGGGGUCGGGGCCUGGAAGACGUGAGACCCAGUGUGGAGAGCCUUCUGGACGAACUCGAGAGCUCUGUGCCCAGCCCCGUCCCCGCCAUCACUGUGAACCAGGGUGAGAUGAGCAGCCCGCAGCGUGUUACCGCCAGCCAGCAGCAGACACGCAUCUCAGCCUCCUCGGCCACCCGGGAGCUAGAUGAACUGAUGGCCUCACUGUCGGAUUUCAAGAUCCAGGGCCUGGAGCAAAGAACAGACGCAGAGCUGUGCUGGGUGGCCGGCUGGGCUCCGGAUGACAGGCAGAGCAGUCCAGGGCAAGACAAGGGAGGGUUCAUGGCCCAGGGGAGGGCUGGGAGCAGCUCUCCCCCUGGGGGCACCCCAAAGCCCGGAAGCCAGCUGGACAGCAUGCUGGGAAGUCUCCAGUCUGACCUGAACAAACUGGGGGUGGCCACGGUUGCCAAAGGGGUAUGCGGAGCCUGCAAGAAGCCCAUCGCCGGGCAGGUGGUGACCGCCAUGGGGAAGACGUGGCACCCGGAGCACUUUGUCUGCACCCACUGCCAAGAGGAAAUCGGCUCCCGGAACUUCUUUGAGCGGGACGGCCAGCCCUACUGUGAAAAGGAUUACCACAACCUGUUCUCUCCGCGCUGCUACUACUGUAAUGGGCCCAUCCUGGAUAAAGUUGUGACAGCCCUUGACCGGACGUGGCACCCUGAACACUUCUUCUGUGCGCAGUGUGGGGCCUUCUUUGGUCCUGAAGGGUUCCAUGAGAAAGACGGCAAGGCCUACUGUCGGAGGGAUUACUUUGACAUGUUUGCACCCAAGUGUGGCGGCUGUGCCCGGGCCAUCCUGGAGAACUACAUCUCGGCCCUCAGCACCCUAUGGCACCCUGAGUGCUUUGUGUGCCGGGAGUGCUUCACGCCCUUCGUCAACGGCAGCUUCUUCGAGCAUGAUGGGCAACCCUACUGCGAGGUGCAUUACCACGAGCGGCGCGGCUCACUCUGUUCCGGCUGCCAGAAGCCCAUCACCGGCCGCUGCAUCACCGCCAUGGCCAAGAAGUUCCACCCCGAGCACUUCGUGUGUGCCUUCUGCCUCAAGCAGCUCAACAAGGGCACCUUCAAGGAGCAGAACGACAAACCUUACUGUCAGAACUGCUUCCUCAAGCUCUUCUGCUAG